GAGACAGAACUAGGCAGUCGACGGAGACGGGCGGUUCGUGCGUGUGCCGGCCACGAGUGGUCGCUGGAAAAUGACACUUCGGGUAGCCAGCUGCGGGAUUUUACUGCUGAUAUUGCAUUGCACCCGGAGGUCGACAGGUACCGAGUACCGACUGCCGAUUCCGGAGCGGACGCUCUUCACGGUUGUCUCGGCGGCCAGGGAGCAGCCGUGGCAGUACCGACUGCCGAUUCCGGAGCGGACGCUCUUCACGGUCGUCUCUGCGGCCAGGGAGCAGCCGUGGCAAUGGGUUACACCCAGCAUGCUCUUCAACAGGACCACGCAGACCGUCUCCGGAAACGAAACCGUGCCGUCCAGUGGCAAGUUUCUGCUGAGAGAUGACGCUGUUGCGACAUUUGAAUCCCCUGGAUAUCCGGCCGAAUAUCCUGGGCGCAUCUGGACCUCGUGGAAAUUCAUGGCCGAAAAGCUGGACACGGAGCUGACACUGUCCUGUUCCGAGUUCGUCCUGCUGCCCGGUGACUAUAUCGGGGUGCAUGGUCCGGGCCGGUACAGUCAAAUAUCUGCCGGUGACCCGACUCCACACAUCACCUCCCGGGAGUAUGUCGUCAUCGAGCUGAUCACGGAGGAGGAGGGCGGAGGUCGGCUGCGGUGCAGCGUGCACGCGCGGCCCAUCGGCUACAUCGGCAUCAACCACCGGCUCUGCGGCGUCUCCAGACAGAGCACGCGCAUCGUGGGGGGUGACGAGGCGCCCAAGAACGCCUACCCCUGGCUGGCAGGCCUGACUUACGAAAACGAAAACUUGCCGUAUUGCGGUGGCAGCAUCAUCAGCGAGGACCUCAUCGUCACGGCAAGCCACUGCGUUGCCAAACGUCGUGCUAAGGAUCUGGCCGUCUUGGUGCGGAAACACAGGAGGGGCGUUGACCCCGAGGAGGUACGACUGAAGAUCUCCAGGAUAAUAAUUCACCGGGAAUACAACGACAGGAGCAUGGACAACGACAUCGCACUCAUUGUUGUGAAUGGCUCGAUGCGGAGUCUGAUUCUGAACGAGGACGGCCGGGUGCGUCCCAUAUGUCUUCCUGAGGAGCCGUGCAGCGCCGCAGGGGACGGGGACGGCAGAACAGACGGCGAACUCUCGUGUCUGGCGGGUCGGCAGGCCAGGGUGGCCGGCUGGGGCCUGGUGCGCACCUUCACACCCGACACAGCCCAUCUUGACCUGACGCCGAAAACCAUGCAGCAUGUCACGGUGCCCAUCAUUACCAACAAACAGUGCGCUGAGGACUACGCCAAACGGGGUAUGAAGAUUACCGAUAAUAUGCUGUGUGCUGGUCUGACAAAAGGGGGCAAGGACUCAUGCCAGGGUGACAGCGGCGGACCACUGAUGAUCAGGGAGAAGGACGAAAGGUUCGUGCUGGCUGGCAUCGUCAGCUUCGGCAUCGGCUGUGCCCGGCCGAACCUGCCGGGCGUCUACUCCCGUGUAUCAGAGUUAUUUUGUUGGAUCAAGGAAGGACGCAAAACGUGUAAAACCGGUUCUGAGACGCUGUGAGCGAAAAGAUCAUAGUAAAUGACAUCAGUAUGUACAUUGUACCUUGUACAAAGAGGAGACAAGAAUGAAACGAAACAAUUAUGAAGAGACAAACGGUGCGAGGAGUUACGGAUUAGUGCUGAUCUGAUAGUGCUGAUACGAUAGUGUUGAAUGAGAUAUGAUAGAUCGAAGAAUGUGUUUUGUCUUCAUCUCAGUUUCAGUAACUGAUGUUACUGCUGUGUGUACUGGUGCAGUCUCUCACUUCAAUUGUGCCACCACGCGAGAUACUGCAUUUGGGACAGUGCGCAUAGGACAAGACGAAUUUGCAUAUGCUUUAUACGACAAUAGGUGAAGCCGUCAUAUGCUUGUAAUAGCUGCAAAUAUGCUAAAGAUAAUAUGAUGAAUCAGGCUCUUUUAAUUAUCU